AUGGCUUCAGGUUCUAGUAUCAAGAAUAUGAGAGAGAUAGCUACCUGCCCCAUUUGCAUGAACCUGAUGACCCACCCAAUGAGCAUCAGAUGUGGACACAGUUUCUGCCAAUCAUGUAUAAUGGUCUUCUCUAAGAUGCUAAGCCAAAGGCAAGCAGGGAUGAAGAUGUUCAACUGCCCUCUGUGUCGUGCCCCAUGUAGUAUACAGAGUCUCCGGAACAACAGAGAGCUGAAAAAUGUAAUUGAAGUCAUCAAAAUGGACCAGGAGAUGCUGUGUGAGGACCAUGGGGAGAAGCUCCACCUGUUCUGUGAAGAUGAAGGGCAGCUCAUCUGUUGGCGCUGUGAGAGGUCAGAGCACCAAGGGCAUGCCACCGUGCUUGUGGAGGAUGUAUUGCAGGGAUACAAGGAAAAACUCCAGAAAGCUGUGGCUAACUUGAAUCAACUCCAAGAGGAAUGUAUGAAUCAAAUGAUGUUUGUGACAAUGCAAAAAACUGACUGGAGGAAAGAGAUAAACAUAAAGAGACAAGAAAUCAAGUCUGACUUCAGGAACCUUCGGAACUUUCUGCAUGAGGAGGAAAAAUCUUACAUCUGGAAGCUGGAAAAAGAAGAAGAGCAGAUGCUGGAGAGAAUGAGGAGCAGUGAGACCAGUCUGGAGCAGAAGAGCAAUGAACUCAAGAGCCAUAUCCUGGAACUGGAAGCAAAAUGUCAAGGCUCAGUCCAGACCAUACUACAGGAUGUGAAAGACACUUUGGUCAGGAGUUCAGCAGUGAAGCUGGAAGAUCCUGUGAACUUUUCCCUGGAGAUCCAAACUAUGUGUAAUGUCUCUGAGCUUUAUUUUGAUGUGAAGAAAACCUUAAGGCGCUAUCAAGUCAACGUGACUCUGGAUCCAAGCACUGCACAUCCUGAUCUACUUCUGUCUGAAGACCAGAGACAAGUGAUUCUUGUAUCCACCAAGGAAAAUCUCGAGGCAUCACCUAGGAGAUUUACUCCCUUCCCUUGUGUCCUGGGCUGUGAGGGCUUCACUUCAGGAAGAUACUACUUUGAAGUGGGUGUUGGAGAAGGAACGGAUUGGGAUUUAGGAGUUUGUUUGGAAAAUGUACAGAGGGGCACUGACAUGAAUCUUAACCCUGAGUUUGGAUUCUGGACCAUCCGGCUGCAAAAGGAGAAUGACUAUGUGGCACUUACCUCUCCAACUUUUACUUAUCUGAAUGAAAAGCUCCUGGUGGUAGGAGUUUUUCUAGACUACGAGGCAGGACUUGUUUGUUUUUACAACAUGACUACUGGUUCCCAUAUCCUUACCUUCCCAAAGGCUUCUUUCUCUGAUACUCUCCUGCCCUUUUUCCAGCUUUAUCCACAUUCUCCUUUGUCCCUGCCUCCUCCUGAUGAGUAAGGAAAGGAACAGUCUCUUUUUCUUUGUUAACCAACAGGGAAUAUGUGUAAAUCCCAUAAAGGUAGGCAUUUGGUCCAUUUUCU